UCCCAGAGGUAAUUCCCAAAACUCUUCCACUUCUCACAAUUAUAAUUUCUAACUUUGCCUCUUUUCCUGGGCGCAUACUACCUUUUCCCCGCCUGCUGCCCCGACCGGCCAACAACCGGCCGCUACACCGAUAGAGUUGCCAGUGAUGCGUGAGGAGGAGGACCCGACGUUGAGGCCAGUUUCCUCAUCAACCUCCACCCCUUCCCGACCAGCUAUCCCGGUCGGCCAACAGUCGGCCGUUCCAUCGGCAGGACCGCCAGUGAUUCAUUGGGAGGAGGACCCGAUGUUGAGGCAGAUUUCCUCAUCGACUUCUACCCCUUCUCGGUCAUACAUGCUCUCGGGGCCUGUGGCAGCCGACCCGGUGGUCGAACCAACGGUCACCGAACACCAACCGUCGGUGGUCCCUGAUCUGGUUCAACCGACCGCAGAGCCAGCCCCGUCGGUCCUUACAUCAGUCCAAGCAGACCCUCAACCAGUCCAAGCGGACCCUGAGCCAGUCCCGCCGGUCCUUGCACCGGUUCAAGCAGACCCUCAACCAGUCCAAGCGGACCCUGAGCCAGUCCAACAUUUAGAGCUAGUCGACGUCUCCUCUUCGGAGUCGGACGACCCUUCUGUUAAUCAGAACCGCGAAGCCGUGGGUUCGAAGCCAGGCUUCAUAGGUCCACACCCCACGGCCGCCAAAUCGGUUGCUUGGACGAGGAUCCAACCUGGUCCUCCCCCGCUAACUCCUGUUCUGCCGACUCCUUGUCCUCCACUAGGCUACUCGUGAGCUUACUUUCCUCACCAAAGUGCCAUUACUAGAAUCUGCCCGACUAGUAGUAAUGCGCUGCGCCGACCUGUCAUUGGCCGACUUGAGCUCU